AGUCGUGUGAUGUCGAGAAGAUGCAGACUCUAAACCCAAAUCUUAAUUGCAUGAACUUGAAAUUUUGAUCAGAUGCUGCGCUAUGAGCAAGGCAUGUUUCAUGGUAGCACUCAUCAUCCCUGACCAUGAAAAACAGCUGCUGUGAGGAAUGCAGUCUGAUUAAUGUUCAUGGGACCUCAAGCUGCAACGUCUAAAGCUGUGAUUCAUUUAAGGGUGGCCUGUCACUGGGUUGUUUUUGCUUCUUUGUUUAUUUUAAGUAAUCUCCAGCAUUACUGAAACAAAGUUGCUAUGGUGCCUGUUUUUGUGUUUCAAUUGAGCAUAUGUUGUUGUGGCUAUAGGAGGGGAAAGAGAGAAAGUACUGAAAAGACCGGAAGAAGAUAGUUCUGAUAGAGAUUACCUAUUAUUAGAAUAGUCUGGCAGUUAAAGUAGGACGCUAAUCUGACAUGCGGUUGCCCCACGGUUACGUGGUGUUUGGGGUUUUGUUGUUGUACAUGUAUAUUUAAAUCCAGUUUCAGAACAUCCUCAUAAGAACCCGGUCAGCAUGUAUAAAAACGUCAAACAACUAUUAGCGAAUGCAUCAUUUCGACUAUAAGCACAUUAGAGCUAAACUGAGUGUUCUUUAGUCAUCUGAUCUUUUUUAUUUAUGUUUCUGCCACGGUUUAAUGUGUUUUAAGCAAAGGAAGCACUCGAAGGGGAGUGUCUGGUGUGGAACUGAUGAUGCAUUCAGGGUAGUCACUUAAAAUAACAUCUGUUUGGGUUUGCUUCAAUUUGUUUAAUUUUCUACUCCCUCCGACUGAUGCGUUGGAAAACAAAAAGUAGCAUGCGGCUUAAAAACUGCAUUUUACAAAAGCAGAUUGAAAGAAAUAGAGUAAAAGGAAACUCAUAAUCUGUUUCAUACUCAGAUUAUGAAACAGAUUAUGUUUCAUAAUCUGAUAGACUGCUUCGCUUUUGUCAAUAAAAUAUGCAGUGUUUGGACAUGAGACGAUGGCUUACUUUAAAUAAGUGUUUUCUCAUCUUUCACACGACGUUUCAAAUGAAAGUUCAGAUAUGUUCUUGCGGAAAUCGUAUUUGUAGCUCCAGUACGUGAAUGUUUCACGGCUGUUCACCACGCCUACUUACAUACGUCAAGCUUUGGGGCUCAGUCAUUGGCUGUUCCAAGUACCACCAAGCGUGUCUAUUGGUUGGAAAACGAAGCUGCGAAACAGGAAGCUAAAAAAGGGGAAAAAAACCUGUCAAUUGUAGCUCACGUAGGUACGGUCGCGCCUCGCGUUUUGUCGUGGGUUUCUCUUUCAGGCUGAGGUGACCGUGAUAUCUGGUCGCUGCUGAAAAGGCAACAUGGGUUGCUUCUUCUCGAAGAAAUCCAAAAGAAAGUCGGCGGAGAAGGAGAACCUCACGCCGACAACGACGAGCGCUGACGCUGCAUGUAACUCGGUUCCCCUUGGCAACAACACCGACGAGGCUCCCAAGCAGUACAGCUGGGACAAGAGGGAAAAGGCUGACCCCAAGGAUUACACUCUGACCGGACUCAAAGACGUCACCGUGGGCCGGCUGCCUGGGACGCUGAACGGCAAGCCGUUUGUCAUCCAAGACUGUGAGAACUGCAACAUCUUCGUCUUGGACCACUCAGCGACCAUCAACAUCGACGACUGCGUCAACUGCCGGAUCGUCUUCGGGCCCGUGAAGGGCAGCGUGUUCUUCAGGGAUUGCAAAGACAUCAAGUGCGUGGUGGCCUGCCAGCAGUUCCGCGCGAGGGACUGUAAAAAGAUGGAAGUGUUCCUGUGCUGUGCCACCCAGCCCAUCAUUGAGUCCUCCACGGGAAUGAAGUUCGGCUGCUUCCAGUACUACUACCCGGAGCUGGCCUUCCACUUCAAGGACGCCGGGCUCAGCAUAUUCAACAACAACUGGAGCAACAUCCACGACUUCACGCCCGUGUCGGGGGAGAACAAUUGGAGCCUGCUGCCGGAAGACGCCCAGGUGGCGGACUUUGUGCCAGCGCCGGACCCGGAGUCCGAUUUCAAAUCCGUCCGGAUCUCCACUGAGGCCACCCGGAGCAUCGUGCCUUUGACGAAGGGAGGCAGGCGGAAAGAUAGUGAGGAGUCCUGCCUCUUUGUUUUCUUUGCCGGGGACUACACCACUGCAAAUGCCCGGAAACUGAUCGAUGAGGCCACUUCUAAAGGAUUCGUGCUGAUCCAGACUAAGGAGGUCUCCAUGAAGCCUGAGGAUGCAAGGCGUGUGUUUCAGAACAGCGCAGAUGAACUUGUGGAGUGGAUCAACAAAGGCCCGGUCACUGCCCUGGAGCUGAACGGUGAUGGAGCAGUGGAAGCAUGCAAGACCAUCGCCAGCGAGGUUUUUAGUGGUACCAAGGUUUUUGUUUCAGACAAUAAAAAUACGUCAACCCGAGACGUCGACAGCUUCUUCAACUUUGCCGACAUGCAGAUGGGUUUGUAAAUAAGUCGGCCGUCCAAACAAGCUGCCUGAGCUGAUUGAGAUUCCUUUUUACGGGAUGAAAGGCGGGAACGGAAAAUUCUGCAGAACGUUUGAUGUUGCCUUGGAUCGCAUGAAUCAGUUUCCACAAUCACAUGAGAGAGUUAUUCCCUUUUUUUGUGUUUGUUUGUCUGUUUAAAUUUUUUGAUGCCGAGGGAAGAAAAGGCUGCAGACCACUCAAAUGUUAGUUCCUGAGAGUGCUGUGAUUAUUUAUGUUUCUGUGAAUGUAUUUUGUAACUCUGCUUUCAUCUUUUGUGAAUGUAGCUGUUUCUAUAAAUGUGCUUUUUUUUUUUUAAUUUAAAUGUAACUUUUUUUAUUGAUUUCUAGAAUCAAGGAGAGCAAAUGGGGAUCUGGAGGGGGAAACAUGAGUUCAACCGUAUAGUUUCUCUUAGAAUUAUGUGUUUGUGGUUUAAAUACUGGAUUUUUCUCUGUUCAAAAUGUGUGUGUAUAUAUGGACUGUGCUGUAUAGGUGAUGUUUUUACUCUUACUUCUUAGGCCCAAACCAGGUUGUGAAAAAUUGAUUGUAAGUUAUCUGUUUUCGCCAACACAUAAACACAAGAGAGAGGCUGGAUUUUCAAAGUAGGCAACUUGUUUUUCUUUUUUUUUUUUUUACAUAUAUAUUUUUUUAUAUGCAUUACUGAACAUUUUUUGUAUAGAAGAAAAAAAAUCAUCACCUAUAUAUGAAUAUAUAUUUUGUAAAAUGUUAUUUUGUAAGAUGACUGAAAGAAAUCUCCUGUUUCUUCACAACUUUAAAAGCUGAAAAAUGCCUGAAGUAAAAUUUGCAUAGUUACUCAGCUUGAUAACGGAUGCGAAAAAAACAGACGCUGUUCAAAAGGGAAAUGCUCUUCUUCCUCUUUGUGAAUCUAUCUUCUUUUGUUCAAAGCUUCCAAAGGUCAAUUUAAAAAGGCUGAGAAUGCAAGCGCACUGUUCAUUCACUAUUGAUGAUUAAUUAUUAACUAUUAGUCCUAAAUUGGUUUACUCUCUCUUCUGGAUGACAAGUUUAGUUGGAGUUUUUGCUCGAGGGCAUAAAAAAAAUAAAAAACAACCAACUCUCAUGUGUUCCACUUACAUGAACUGUAUGUCUCGUUAUGAACUGAUGACCUCGUUUACAGACCUGACUUGACCCAGUGUGAUACAAAAGAAUGGCACAUAAAUCAUUGCUGUACCAUAUUGUUCCCGUUUUAUUUUAAACCAGGUCACUUCUGCUUUAUCUGUUUUUACAGUCACUUCCAGGGACACCCAUAAAAACAUGCCAUGUGAAAUUUGUCAAUUUAUUUGAAUCUGUACAUUGAUUUAUUAUGUUUUUAUUUUCUAGAAAGUGCAUGUCAUCUGUAUUUUGAUUCUGAAUUUUUAAGUCCGCAACUAUGACCUUUUAAGAAAUGCCAGAUUGAUAUUAAAAUCUAUAGAUAAUUUUU